AUGGGUGGUCGGGUCCAGGAUAACGUGCCUGUUCCCACCAUCACAAGCAACGAGAUCCUCGUCAAAGUCAAGGCCGUCGCCCUGAAUCCCACCGACUUUAAGCAUCUCGACGUUAUCUCACCUCCCGGAUCAACCAUUGGCUGCGAUUACGCAGGCGUGGUGGACAAAGUCGGCGACGCAGCUGCGGCAACUUGGAAGGUUGGAGACCGUGUUGCCGGCGCAGUUCACGGCGGCCUCUUCCCCGACAAGGGAGCAUUUGCCGAGUAUCUCAAGGUCGAGUCGGAUCUCGCCUGGAAGGUCCCAGACAACGUCAGUGAUACUGACGCGACUACAUAUGGCGUCUCGGCUGUGACCGCGAUGCUGAACAUAAACGUGCGCCACGGAAUCCCCUUCGUCGAUGGAAAGACUGCAGCUCCGAGAAAUGAGACCAUCUUUAUCUACGCCGGAUCAACUAGUGCCGGCCUGUACCACAUCCAACUCGCAAAGGCAGCUGGAUGCACCGUCGUCACAACAGCCUCGCCGCAUUCGUUCGACCUGGUCAAGAAGUACGGCGCUGAUGCCGUAUAUAACUACAGAUCACCCACAGUUGUUGAAGAGAUCGUCAAGGAUUAUCCCGAUAUGACAAAGGCUGUCGAUUGCUUUUCCGAGGGAAAGUCCACCACCGUCUGCGCCGAGGUUAUCAAGAAGAAGGGCGGCAAGGUCAUCACCCUGCUUCCCAAUGGCAAGUCCAAGUUCCCCAAUGUCACCUACGACCUGGUGAUGGCGUAUACUGCUCUUGGUCAUCCGUUCCAGUGGCUGCCACCCAUCGGCCCCAAGUUUGAGGUCCAACCAGCAGACAGAGAAGGCUUGGUUCGUUUCUACUCUGUCCUGCCGCAAGUAUUGCACAUUGUAAAGCCAAUCCCUACUAUUGAAGAGAAGGCUGGCUUUGAUGGAAUCCUUGAGGGUCUGGACAAACUCCGAGGGGGCAAGGUUUCGGGAGGCAAGCUGGUGGUCAGCUUUGGAGAGAAGUGA